AUGGAGAGUUCCAACCAUCGCGAUUUCACGCCUGACUUUUCACCUGGAGCCGGACUGUCAGGAGACCAAUUGACGCUCACGACUGGCUUCUAUGAAUCCGCCAACUACCAAAAUGUUGGAGAAGCCAAUGCCAACUUCGAGGAUCGUCUUUUCCCAUCCCUUUUGCAGAAUGGUUACCUAAAUCCGACUUUACUUAACGUCCAAAACGAUAUCGACGACAUCCCUGCCCCUGUGAGCCCAAACAGGGUUCUCGAUCGGAUAAGUGCUUCCAUCAGCCAGCUAUCUGAUCUGGCACAAGCAAAUCCUAUCCUUGACGACCUUGACAAUAUUAUGGAGUCCCACGGUGUCAACACCGAUCAAGGCCCGGAAAGUGGCGCCAGUCGGCAAGGGCAACUGUGA